AUGUCUCGUACCGAGAUCUUUCUCCAAGUUAGGGAGAAGGGUCUCUUGCGAUGCCCCCAUCCCAUGAGAGCCACUCACAAAGAUCGAUCCAAAUAUUGCAGGUUCCACCGAGACUAUGACCAUGACACAGAGGACUGCCACGACCUCCGGAAUCAAAUCGAGGAACUAAUCCAGAAAGGUCACCUUGGGCCCUAUCUCGAGGAACCCCGGGAAGAGACUCCACACCCCAGGGGACCUGUUGAAAGGCAAAUCAAUGUCAUCUCCGGAGGACCAGCAGCCAACGGUAGCAUUUCUACAACAAGGAAGGCCUACUCCCGCAGCACGGUCGAGAAAUGUCCCCAACCCGAGCUCGAGCCUGAAAUCACUUUCAGGGCCGGAGAAGUCGAGCGCUCCCACCAUGACGAUGCUCUAGUGAUCUCCAUUCGGAUUGUCAACGCUCGAGUCAAAAGGGUGAUGGUUGACACCGAGAGUUCCACCGACGUCCUGUACCUCGACACCUUCAGGAGGCUCGGAUUGACUAAGGAAGACCUCACCCCCAUGGCGUCAGCACUCACUAGGUUCACGAGGGAUUCUAUCUCCCCGCUCGGAACCACCAUCCUCCCUAUCACCAUCGGGGAAGAGCCGAGAGCGAAGACAAUGAUUACCACCUUCAUGGUAGUCGACCUACCCUCGGCCUACAAUGUCAUCCUCGGCCGACCGAUGCUCAACAAAUUAAAGGCGGUGGUCUCCACCUACCACAGGGUCGUCAAGUUCCCGACCCCGGCAGGAAUCGAGGAGUCCCGAAAAGUGGCCCAGCACCGGCUCAACAUCGACCCUGAGGCUCGGCCGGUGAGACAAAAACCAAGGAAGUUCGCACCAGAUCGACAAAAGGCGAUCAGCGAGGAGGUCGGCCGCCUUAAGAGAGCCGGAUUCAUUACUGAUGUUCAAUACCCUCGGUGGCUAUCGAAUGAAGUCCUUAUUAAGAAGUCCAAUGGAAGCUGGAGGAUAUGUCUUGAUUACACCGAUCUCAAUCAGGCAUGCCCUAAAGAUUGCUAUCUACUUCCCAAGAUAGAUCAAUUAGACGACGCCACCAUAGGACAUGAACUCCUCGCAUUCAUGGACGCAUUCUCAGGCUACAACCAAAUUCAGAUGGUGACUCAGGAUCGGGAGAGCACUGCCUUCAUCACCAAUAGAGGGGCGUAUUGCUACAAAGUAAUGCCCUUCGUCCUGAAAAAUGCUGGAGCGACUUACCAAAGUAUGGUCGAAAAACUCUUCAAGCACCAACUAGGGAAGAACAUGGAAGGAUACGUGGACGACAUGAUCAUGAAGAGCAAGGCCGCAAGCACGCACUUGACUGACCUAGCGGAAACGUUCUAA